AUGAUGACGAUGGUGAUGCUGGAGCUGAAUCGGGAGCUUCAGCGAAUGGAUGGAUUGGGGUGGAAUUCCUCCUUACGUGGACUGAUUGGCUGCAAGAAAGACAAUUACCUGACGCAGUAUCUUAUCUCUCGGGGCUUCAAACUUUCAAUAAGAUUUUACCGCGCCUCCCUCGACUAA